CUUCAUUUAUCAUCAAAUAGAUCGAAUAAAUUGGUGAAUUUGUUAAUUAAUUAUGUUUGAUUAAACCAGUCUUGUGGUAUUAUUGCGGUAACGACAACCAAACCGAGCAAGCAAAGCUGUGAACUUAGUUCCAUUCAAUCUGUGUGACUUCUGAGUUCUGACGAUUAUUACCAAGUUUAUAAAUAACACGUAUAUUCAGUGAAUAAAAAAGAAAUAAUGCUAAUAACAAUGCACUAAAAAUCCCAUGCAUUUCUAACACAUAGAUGACCAUGACUUCCAUGGAAGAAGAUGGGGUGUCACCGGCGGAAGAGGUACCAGCUGGUAACCCUGAAGAACUGGCUAAAAAUCCUACAGCACUAAAAGAGGCUCAUGAACAAAUGGCAACUCUUGAUGUUCUGGUUUGUGGCCAGUGUCAUUCAGCGUUUCACUUCGUAGAAGAGUUCAAAGAACACAAAAGUGCAAACAAUUGUACUGGGAAAUCACCAGUACGGGAUAGUAAUGAAAGCAAAGCACAAGUGUGGGCAUUCCUCCUUUGGAAGUGUUCCUCAGUACGAGAUGGAUCCGUGAUAUCUUCCGAUAAUAGUUGGAAGCUGUACCAACAAUGGUGCCGUAUGGCAGAAUCGCAACGGACUGCUUGGAUUACUGCAGGAUCUAAUGUUCAGUCCUUAUCCAAGUUCUCUCAUGCUAAAGUGAUGGAAGUUAAGACUGAUGAUCAGCUUGUACCUGUCCAAACUCCUGUAUUACAAGAAACUAGGAGAAGAGGAAGGCCAAGAAAACAAGUUAAAAUUGAAGAUGAAACACAGCCCUCUGGUGAAGAAAGUGAUGGUAUGGCUAAACAAAAAGUGAUUAUCAACAAGACACCUCUUCAAAAUGUUAAAAAGGACCUGGACAAGGAGUCGGUCCGCAACGCGCAGGAGCGCGUGCCGCCCGAGGAGCGCAUCGCGCGGCGCACGGAGCGCGAGGGCGCCGACCCGGCCGAGGCGGGCGAGUACGUGGUGGAGAAGAUCCUCGCCAAGCGGUUCAACCCGCGCCGCAAGCAGUACGAGUACUUACUCAAGUGGGAGGGAUAUCCGCAUGAGCAAAACACUUGGGAGCCGGUGGAGAACAUGGAGACGUGCAAACAUCUGUUGGAGGCGUUCGAGAAGCAGCUGGCGCGCCAGAAGGAGCUCAAGGCCUUGCGAGCGCAGCAGCAGCAGCAGCACCCGGUGCAGGUGAAACAAAUCAGCACACCUAUUCCGCAAGUUGUGAAGCAAAUUAAGAAACCUGAGAGCCCAGCAUUGACGCCAACCGGACGCCUCCAACGCACUAGUAAAGUGCGCGCUCUAGAUCAAGUCAAGGCGUGGUGCGGCGCAGAGGACGAGCCAGCAGCCAAGAAAGUCAAGAAGGAAGUCUCUUCGGAAGAUGAGGACUACUCAGAUCCUGAAAUACCUAAGACCGAGAAGAAAAUGCUGAACGGUCAGUCGUCACCCAAGUCGGCGCUUGACCCUGAGCUGGUCAAGUCGCUCGGCCUCAGCGGGAAAGGGAUGCCGAACAUCAAGGGCGUCAUUAAAGUCGAUCCUAAGCACAUGCCGAAUCUCUCCACCGGGGUAUACAUAAUGUCCAAGAGCUCAGGAAUAAUGAAGAUUGACUCGCCAGGAAAAUUAGGCCCCGGAUUAAAUAUAGACCAAGAUGUGAUCAGGAAACAAAUUUUAGCUGCUAAACAGCAGAAGACUGAAGAAGUUAAGAAGUCGCCAGUUCGCACUCCAAACACGCCACAAAUGAGGAAAACUUACGGCUCGGCUGGACAGCAAGUCACUGAGAAGACAAUAAUCACGCCUUCGGGACAGAAGAUCAUUCAGCGCACAAUACAGAGACCCUCCGCCGUGAGCCAAACGUCGGCAGACAAGUCGCCUGUUACCAUAUUAAACAAGAAACUGCAAAGCCAGAGCGGCGACAGUUUACUCCGGCGCGGCGGCUCAGUGCGCGGUCGCGGGCGCGGCGGCUUCGCGUCCGUGUCCACGGCCGCUGGCAACAUCGUGCGCAUCCGCGACAAGACGCCGCAGCAGCUGCUGGACUUCGACCAGUCGGACGCGUCGUCGGAGACGUCGGACGGCAUCGAGGACCCGUUCCCGCGGGACCUGGGCCCCAUCCCGCCCACGUCGCCCGAGCGGCCGCUGUCGCUGUGCCCGCUGACCGGCAAGCGCCUGGCGCGCGCCGAGGGCGAGCCCACGCCGCCGCCCACGCCCAGCCCGCCGCCCACGCCGCCGCCCGCGCCCACGCCGCCGCCGCACCAGGGCACCAUGCUCAUGAAGGUGGAGAUGUCACCGGGUGGCACCACCGGCAUGCUCGUGCAGGGUGACGGAGCGCAGCCGUCGUUGCCGGUGCUGACGGAUGACGAUGGACAGGAGGUGAAGGUGGAAGCGAGCACCGUGAAGCAAUUACUGGAGGAGGGCGGCGACGAGGGCGAGGAGGUGGGGCUGCUGCACGCCGCGCACCCGCCCAUCAUGAUCCGCGGCGAGGACGGCGUGCUCUACCAGGUUGCGGGUGAAAACGAGGCCGGCCAGACGCUGCUAGUGGCCGCGGAGGGCAUGGAAGGCGCGGUGGAGGGCGUCGAGGGCGCCGUGGAGGGCGAGGGCGACGGCGUCAUGUACGUCACCAGGGACGACGGACAGACGCUGCUGGUGGCGGCGGAGGGCGCGGAGGGCGCCGUGGAGGGCGAGGGCGACGGCGUCAUGUACGUCACGCGGGAGGACGGACAGGACGUGCUGGCCAUCGACCCGUCGCAGCUGGCGCAGCUCAUGCCGGGCGGCGCGGCGCCGGCGCUGCAGCAGGUGGCCGUGCAGGUGGAGGGCGAGCCGGGCGAGGACGCCACGCAGGUCAUCGCGCAGCUGCUGCAGGCCGACCUGCCCUCGCCGGGUGGCACACGGCGGGUAGUGCUCCUACUACCAGAUGGAAGUUUAACGAUGACUGAACUGGACAAAGAACAGUACGAGUCGAUUACGGAGGCCGGUAAAGCGCAAGAAUGAGACUCAAUUUGAACCCCAGUCAGUUUGUGUAUUUGCGACUGACCACCUGAAAGUGGUAUGAUAAUAACCGCAAGCAUAUCCAGAGCUUCGAACGAGUUCACGUGGAACUCAAUGAAAAGAAGGAGAUCUUCAGAGAUGAUGCGGUUUCCACAAUUCACACCAUAAAAUUAAAUUAUUAUAAGUUGUGUAGAUACAAUUGUUAAUACGACUUUAGUCUUACAUAGAAUUUUAAUAAAUUUACAAUAUCUCUAAUUCGGGAUAUUGUAAAUGUAACUAAAAAUGCAUCAAUUAAGGUACUUAGGCUGAAUUAAGUGUCACGCUGAGACUUCGGCACUUAGGUUGUCAAUAAGAGUCGUUAUGUAUCGUGCUGACGUAAAUGCGACAGCAUGAUGAUAUUACGCCGGUGCUUGAGCUCUACUAAGCGGUAGGUAGCGGUUUUCUGUAGGCAACAGCGCUCAAUGGCGUUCAUAGCAAGCAACUAUACUUGGCUUGUCAAUGCCAAUGCUCAGCGUGUCACUAAAACAAGCCUUAAUUCUUAUCUUUUAAUGGAUAUAAAAUUAAUAUAGACUAUUUGUAUAUAGGUGUGUUUGUCCUAGUAUUGAGAGAAAUGUGUAAUGUACAGAUUCAAAAACAUGGAUGAUGGUGGAAGGGCAUGUAUUGAUGAAGUAGAAUUAUGUUUUUAUUAUUUUGAUGUAAUUAAUAUUAAUUGUAAAAGAUUCUGCCAAUUCAAAAUAUGUAUAUGCAAAACCUCCAAGGAGUGGUGCAGCAAUCUUCGUCUAACCAACAUCUCAAAAAAGCAUCAACUUCCCCAAAUGAUUUUUAAUUCAGUAUCGUUUUAUAAUAGGUGGGAAUUAUUAAAAGGUUGUGUUUGCGUCAAUUUAAUUACAGUUGUGUAAUCUUUACAACCGUGUUUGUGGCUACGGGAGGCGAGCAUUUUGUUUCGUUAUCCUCCUCAUGACAUAUCAAUGUAUGGAGAAAUGUUAUCACCAGUCGUUCACAAAAUCCGGGAUACAGAAGUACUUAGUUUGCUGUAGCUUGACCUACUGUCGUCUGUACACAUUCAACUUUGUUCUAAUUUCGUGUAAUAUUAUUGUGAAAAGAUUUUAGCAUAGAAUUAGAAUAGAAUGCAUAAUUAUCUUUAAACCAUUAUCAAAAAUAUAGUCCUUAUUUAUUUGUGUCAAAACAAUGCAAAAGCCUCGUUUGAAUUCGUUAACAUAAACAGAACUAAUAUAAAUAUAGUUUUAUAAGUACAUUCCGCCAAAAACUCAUGCACAAAGAGAUUAUUGGGUUCAGGGUUUCUCAAAGUUGGGUACGCGAACCCCUAGGGGUUCGCCAUUUGACGUCAGGGGGUUCGCGACAAGAUUUACGUAAUAGUGGCAGAAUUUAGGUUGAAAUAUUGGCCAAAAUUACUCGUAAAAUUGACUCCAUUUGCAAGAAACAGGCACACCAAUCACAUAUUAAAAAAAUACAUUUCUUUGGCUCUUUAUUGGUAGUUUUUU